CAUGCCCACCCCCUCCCCCAAGCACCUCUUGCUGCCUGGGGCAGGGGCAGCUCUGUUAGGGGAAGUGGCCCUGAGUGUGAACAGCCCAUCCUGGCUGCCUUCCACAGGAAACGACCUGAGGGACCGAACAGGAAGGAAGCAGAGGGGUGUGGAGCCAGGAAGCCGGGAAGGGUGGCACAGGACAUCGGAAGCGGGGCUCAGGGGGCUUCAGGGCUGGGAAGGAAUAUAACUGUUGUAGUUUAGACCCUGGUCCUAACCUGAGAGCUGGGUCUUAUAGAGGCCAAGGACUGCUGAUGGGCCUCCUGUGCCCAGCUGCCAUCAGAAUCCAUCUCAGCUCUCAAAAGCAACCUCCUCCUAAAGUUUGCUCUGGUUCUAUUUCUUCCUAGGGUGCUGUGUAUAUCUGCCCACAGCGCUGGCCCCAUUCUGCCUGGUUUGAUCUCUGUUUACCCACUAGACUAUGAACUCCUUGAGGGCAGGGCCCAUGCCUUUUCUAAUUCAUUAGUCACCCCCCCACCCCACCCCCAGGAUACUGCAGUCCUACCAGGGCUGGCCCAGAGGAGGGCUGAAGAGAUGUGCUUAGAAUUAUGUAAUGAAAUUGCCACUGUCUAUAGAAGAUAGAAACACAAGAGUUUCCUCUGUCCUCGGGGAGUUUAUAGACUAGAUGAGGAGCUGAGAGAGACACAGGGAGCAAAGAGAAACAUUAGGUGCUAAAUCUUGGGGCUGAGGAGAUGGGGAGAAGGCUCACCAGAAAGGCAAAAUGCCCUCUCCUUCCACUGUGGGCCUCCUCUUCCAAAACUCCAUCCCAAUCUUGGGAGACCCCAGACUUGGAGCUUCAGAAACUCUGGAGCCGAAAGUCCUGGCCUCAACAUCUGGCUCUGCCGCUUACUAGCUGUGUGACUUUGGGCAUACCAUUUAUGCUCACCGAGCCUCCUUUUGGCCAUCCGAAAAAUGGGGACAAGAAUACACCUAACUUACCUGGUGGUUGGGAGGAGUGAGUGAGACAAUGCCUGUACAGCACCCAGCGCUGCCUAGCACAUUGUCAGGGCCCAAGCAAUGGGAGGUGUUUUUGUUUUCUGGGCAGACUUUGCUAGCAAUGUCAGUGCUGAACUCUGUCUGGUCCCACCGAGGGGAGAGCCUCGACCCCCUGGAGCCAGGUCCACCAGCCAGCUCAGACAGCCACGCAGGCCACCUGGCAGAGGAGGACCCUGAGGAGACCUCUGCUCAGGAUCCUGAAGUUCUGAGAUUGGGGCUCCCUGGCCUGGAUACCAGCCAAGCCCCCAACUGGCCUCGGCUUCGGACCCUCCUGCAGCAGCUCCCUCCACAGGACAGCGAUGAGCGCUACUGCCUGGCCCUUGGGGAGGAGGAGCUGGCGGAGCUGCGGCUCUUCUGUGCCCAGCGGAGGCGGGAGGCCCUGGGACAGGGGGUGGCCUGCCUGGUACCUCCCAAGCUGGAAGAACGCACCUGUGAGAAGUGCAGAGAGCGGCUGAGGCCAGGGGAGUACGGAGUGUUCGCAGCCCGGGCAGGAGAGCGGCGCUGCUGGCACCGGGCUUGCUUCGCUUGCCAAGCCUGUGGCCAGGUCCUGAUGAACCUCAUCUACUUCUACCACGAUGGGCAUCUCUACUGCGGCCGUCAUCAUGCUGAGCUGCUGCGGCCGCGCUGCCCUGCUUGUGACCAGCUGAUCUUCUCCCGGCGCUGCACUGAGGCCGAGGGAUGGCGCUGGCACGAGAACCACUUCUGCUGCCAGGACUGCGCCGGGCCUUUGGGCGGGGGACGUUAUGCCCUGCCGGGGGGCGGCCCCUGCUGCCCCGGCUGCUUUGAGAGUCGCUAUUCGGACGCCGGCUCGAGCCGGGCCCCGACUGCGGAAGGACGGGCGUCCCUUGGGGAGGCGGCGCUCGAAACAGUCGAAAGAGGGGACCGCGCCCCACUGACCACUGCGACCAUCUCCCGAGCAGCCCUUCUCGCCGCUGCCGCCAGCUCCAGUCCAGAAACCCAGAGGGGGCUCCUUGGGUCCAGCCCGGAGCAGGAGCGCCGAGCUGGGGACAAGGCGGAGGCACUCAAAGGGCGGGAGCACGGCCGCCUGGAGACGCCCCUUGAUCCCGAGGAGGACGCCCCCUGUCCCACCUGCUCCUCUUCCUCUGACUCAGAACCCGAAGGCUUUUUCUUAGGCCAGCGCCUUCCCCGGCCCUGGAAGACCCCCAGAAGCCUCGAAGUUGGGGACAGCGACACCUCCAGGAAGCACUGCACCAUUUGCUAGUGGCGCAGCCCUCAAAAGGGCGGGU